UGCUGUUUGCCGACUGUCAGAAGAAGGAGGAGGAGGAGGAGGGUCACGUGACUGGCAGGCGGCAGCAUGGCGGCGAUCGGCGUUCAUUUCGGGUACACGAGCGCGUGCGUGGCCACGUUUAAGGAUGGCCGCGCGGAGGUGGUGGCUAAUGACGCCGGAGACAGGGUGACUCCAGCUGUGGUGGCCUACAGAGACACUGAGCAGCUUGUGGGAAUAGCAGCCAAGCAGGGACGCGUCCGGAACGCCGCCAACACAGUCGUCAAGGUCAAGCAGGUUCUGGGCAGAAGCUUUGACGAUCCGCAGACACAGAUGCACAAAACAGAGAACAAGUGCUCGGUGGUGAACCGAGGAGGGAAGCCGCUUUAUGAAAUCACAGCCGGAGAGCACACCAACUAUGUCUCACCAGAAGACGUGGCCAAACAUAUCUUCCACAAGAUGAGAGAAACCGCUCAGUCUGCUCUGGGCUCCGAUGUCAGAGAAGCCGUCAUUACGGUCCCGUUUGAGUUCGCACACGCCCAGAAACGUGCCCUGAGGGAGGCUGCUGAAGCCGGCGGGUUCAACGUGCUGAGGCUGAUCCACGAGCCCGCUGCUGCUCUACUGGCCUACAACCUCGGACAGGACUGUCCCUCUGGCAAAAGCCACGUCCUGGUGUACAAGCUCGGGGGCACCUCUCUGAGUGUGACGACGCUCCAGGUCAACGGGGGCAUGUUCCGGGUUCUCAACACGCACACUGACCACAGCAUCGGCGGCGAGAGCUUCACUCAGGCCCUGGCUCAGCACCUGGCCGCCGAGUUCAGACGGACCUUCAGGCACGAUGUGAGCGAUAACGCCCGUGCCAUGCUGAAGCUGAUGAACGGCGCAGACAUGGCCAAACACUCCUUGUCUUCACUGGGUUCAGCCAACUGCUUUGUUGACUCGCUCCACGACGGCAUCGACUUUGAGUGCACCGUGUCCAGAGCUCGAUUUGAGCUGCUGUGCUCGCCGCUGUUCAGCAGGAGCGUGCAGCCCAUCAGACCCCUCCUGGAGGAGGCGGGUCUGUCCACGGCUGACAUCAGGACGGUUGUUCUGUGUGGCGGUUCGGCCAGGAUCCCUCGUCUCCAGCAAAUGAUUCGUGAAAUGUUUCCGGACGUGGAGCUCUUAAGCUCGUCACCUACUGAUGAGGUCAUUGCUGUGGGUGCGGCCCUAGAAGCCGGUUUAUUGGUCAGCAGGGAAGAUCUGGUCUCUGAAGAAGACUCCGUCUUGGUGGAUGCUUCAGCCUCUGACAUCCUGGUGAAGGAAGUGGAUGAGCUGGGAGCAGAUGUCUUCACUGUCCUCCUUCCUUUGGGAAGCCCGCUUCCUGCUCGGCGGCACCACAUCCUGAGAGGAGGAGGAGAACUCUCUUCCCUCUGUGUGGAGCUGUACCAGAGAGUUCUUACUGAGCAGCCGGAGAGACUCGCUCAGAUUGUCCUGAGGGACCUGCAGCCUGCAGAGGAGGAUCACACCGUGGACACUGUGGUCACCAUGAAGAGAGACGGUUCCAUCCACGUUUCCUGUGUCCAUCCGCUGACUGGAAGGUCAGAGGUCAUCACUAUAGCAGCAGCAUCAUGAUGCCGCUGAUUUACUGCCCCGCCCACACAGCGCCACUUCAUUUGUGUUUUUAUUCUUCAUUCAAUAAAAAAAAAAAAUUCAGAGCUUAAGUUGAGGGUUCCUUU